AUGUUUAGAGCUGGCCUUAGAGAAGACCUGCGUACGGAACUCUUUGCUCGAGGUAUAGACUCUUUAGAGGCAGCCUGUAGCCUAGUUCUCGACCUUGAAGAUUCUAGAACCCACUCCCAAACUAGGCACUUUGACUCCCGUUCGAAUUCGUAUAGAACCUCGUCUGGACAACCUCAAACCCGACCCUCAGGAUCGACUACAAAUCGAACCCCUGCUAGUUCGGCCCCACCUCGUACGGACCUCAAAGGUAGAGCUCCCGAGCGUGACGCUUCCAAGCCCAAUUCUGGAACCAAGUGCUAUAGGUGUCAAGGAUACGGACACAUUGCUUCGCAGUGUUCUAGCCCGUACAAAGUCACCAUAAUCGAAGAGGUGGACAAAGAGGAAGAAGAACCUGAGACUGAUUUGGUUCACCAAGUGGAUGAUGAAGAAGACUCUUUUACUGAAGAAGAACCUGUGACCUUACAAGUUGUUAGGUGCGCUUUGGCCCAACCUAAGUUAAGCGACGAUUGGCGUAGAACCUCUAUUUUUCAUACCUUCAUUAAGAUCGGAGAAAAGAGCUGCAAGGUUAUCAUAGAUAGUGGAAGUUGUAUCAACGCAGUCUCCUCAGCCAUGGUCUCCAAGCUCAAUCUGAAAGUGACCCCGCACCCAAAUCCGUAUAAGGUUUCUUGGAUCAACUCGACUACUAUAGAAAUUAAGGAUCGAAGCCUUAUUCCAAUAGAAUUUGUGGGAUAUCAAGACAAGAUUUGGUGCGAUGUUCUGACCAUGGAUGUGGGUCAAAUUAUCCUUGGUCGCCCUUGGUUAUUUGACAACGACGUCCAUAUUUAUGGGAGGACGAACACCUGUGUGUUCGAGCACAAUGGAAAGAAAAUCAAGUUAAUGCCUUCUCAACCUAAACCUCCCAAAACGGAAAAUAAACCUACCUCAGCCAAGCAAAGUAAGGGCCUCCACUUACUGACAGCGAAAGAAGUGGAAACUGAGAUCACCCAAGGAGCCCCUAUGUAUGCCCUAGUGGCUAGAGAGGUAGAUGAGGACCAGAAAGAACCAAUCCCCGAUGCCGUUAAACCUCUUCUUGAAAACUUUGCGGAUGUUUUCCCAGAAGAUUUACCUAACCAACUGCCACCCCUGCGGGACAUACAGCACGCAAUAGACUUGGUGCCAGGGGCAUCCCUACCCAACCUUCCUCACUACCGUAUGAACCCGACUGAACACUCUGAGCUUAAGAAACAAGUUGAUGAACUCCUUCAACGAGGAUUCAUUAAGGAGAGCCUUAGCCCCUGCGCUGUUCCUGCUCUUUUAACGCCCAAAAAGGACGGCUCAUGGCGAAUGUGUGUUGAUAGCCGCGCUAUCAACAAGAUUACUGUCAAAUAUAGAUUUCCCAUUCCUCGGCUGGAUGACAUGCUGGACAUGAUGACGGGAGCCACUCUCUUUUCCAAGAUAGAUCUUAAGAGUGGGUAUCAUCAAAUUAGGAUCCGUCCCGGGGAUGAAUGGAAAACGGCUUUCAAAAUCAAAUAUGGACUUUAUGAGUGGAUUGUUAUGCCGUUUGGACUGAGCAACGCCCCUAGUACCUUUACGAGAGUUAUGACUCAAGUUCUGAGACCUUUCUUAGGAAAGUUCGUAGUCGUAUAUUUUGAUGACAUCUUGAUCUACAGCACUUCGGUGGAUCAACAUCUCAAACAUAUAACACAA